UCAACGCGGAGGUACCUUUGAAACGUUUUGUCCACAAUGUCCGCCAAAGUGAUCUUCAUCGCCAGUUGCAGCCUGUUGGUUGCAGUCAGUGCGAAACCUCACGUGUUGGCAGGACCAGCGUUCGUCACAGCCCAGAGUUCCCAGGUCUUCGCCCGAACGUACAACGGAAUAGUUCCUGUGGCGGUCCACGCUUCAGUUCCCUAUCCCUACCCAGUUCCAGCACCGGUUGCACCAGCUCCAGCAGUCUUUGUGCCCCACGUGGCCGCUCCAGUCCCAGCACCGGUUCCGGUGUUCUCGUACCAAGUGUACCAACCUGGUCCGUUCUAUCCGGUGGCCGUGGCGGCUGCAGCUCCUGCAGUUCCAGCAGUUCCGGCAGCUCCAGCCGUUGUAACACCCGUGGCGGCCGUGGCACCAGCUCCGGUGGCCAAACUGGUGCGAAAAAGUGCCCCAUACCUGACAACCAUACGGUAUCGCUCGGUGCUGGCGUAAAAAACUACUUUACGACUCUGGCGCGAUGAUGGGCGCCCAACCUGAUUAGUGAUUAAGCUUAGCUUUGUACGCUCUAGUCUAUAUUGUGUUAUGAAACGAAUAAAAAAGUUAAAAAACAUA